UGAACCGAAAUAUAGCCAUUUCUACCUACAUAAAAAAGGGGAUCUUCUCCUGUGCGGCAUCCAUCUUGAACUACGGUCCGUCUGAAGGACAAACAGUAUUACAGCCACGCCUUUUCGCCGUUUUCAUAAAUCCGACCGCGGCCAUGACCCUGACACACAGCAGCAGCAGCAGCAUUGGAUUCAGUACUCUACGCUCUGUACGGAUUGUAGCAACUUUGAACAUAGACAACAAAAUGCAAGACCACACAUAUUCCAAGCUGAAUGAGCAAGCAACUCCCUCAACUAAGAGGAAAAGAAGAAGGACUCUCGACACGGACAGAAGUCGAAGUAGUAACAAAAAAAGAGUGAACAUCGGAGCUUCGUUCCAAAGGUGGAAACAUUUGAUGCAGCAGAGGGGGAUAACAAGGAAUGCUGAAUUUGCAGCGCUGCUUCUAGACAAUUAUGAGAGAUGGCUGGCAACCAUUGAUUCAACUCCCAUGAAAGAGUCUCACUCUCUACCUGAAGUGCGCCAGUAUCCGCAAGUGUCAAGCAUCUCAAGCGGAGCCGAGCAGCAGGACGAACGCUUGACGGCGAUUGCUGAGGCAGAAGAGAUGGCAAGUCUUGAGCAAAGCUUGCUUGACAUGAGCUUUGCAGAGUCUGAGCUGGAUGAGGAUGCCCACAAUGACCCCAUGAACAGCAUAAUUGACUGGACAGACGAGGGCCCUGAAAGUGAUGGCGGAGAAAGGGAUGACAGUUCAGAUGAAGAGUAUCUUCCUCCUAUAUCUAUACGACUGGGUGGUGCACUGAAAGGAGGUCUCUCUAUAGAUCAUCUCCCCAUUGUUGGCCUGGAUGAGACUGUUCAUGAUCUGCCCGAGGAUGAGGAUUGUCCGGAUGACCCAUUGCCCAGUGCUGAAGUGGUGGAUUUCCCAUGCCCAGAGCAGGUUCACUCUGAGGAAGAUGUCAUUGGUGUCCGUGCUGCUGUGACCUAUGAGAACUCCCUCAAGCAGCUUGUAGAGUUCUUAGUCCUGCCGGUGGACAGAUGCACCCAUGUUCUUCCUUACGGUGAAGUGUGCAAUAGCGGUGCUCCGUUUCGCACAAGUAUCUCCUUCAAGGGCACAGCAAUGGCUGUUGAAUGGGUGUGUGCCAAUGGACAUCGUUUGUGGAAUUGGAGUUCCCAACCAAUUAUGAAGUUUGCAAUGCUGGCCGGGGAUUUUCUUCUUGCCACCAACAUUUUGCUGUCCGGGAACAAUUAUUCCAAAGUGGCACUCCUGUUUAAAUUCAUGAACAUCGGCAUGGUGAAUCCCAACACAUACUUCAAAAUCCAGGAUGCGUACUGUGUUGGUGCUGUGAAAGAUUUUUGGGAAGAGAGGAGGUCUGAGAACAUCAGUCACCUACAAGGGAAAGAUGUAGUUCUUUUAGGGGACGGGAGGAACGACUCACCAGGACACUGCGCACAGUUCUGCAGUUAUACCACCAUGGAGCUCGAAUCCAAAAAAAUACUCCACGUUGCCACCAUUGACAAGCGCCAGACGUCAUGGAACUCCAACAUCAUGGAGAGAGAGGCCUUCAUCCAAACCGUGGACAAGCUCUCCAAAGAAAUCCGGGUGGUUGAGAUCUGCACAGACGCUCAUGUACAAAUCGCUGCCCUUCUAAACCCUGACAAAGGCAGAUACAAGGACCUUGCAAUAUUCCACAGCCUAGACAUGUGGCAUGGUGCCAAAAGCCUGUCAAAAAAGAUUUCUGCUGCAGCAAAAGGAAAAGGACAUUCCGUGCUAUUGAACUGGCUGAAGGACAUCGUCAACCAUUUCUGGUGGUGUUGCAAGAUGGCCAGCACAAUUGAGCAUUUUCUUGGCCUUUGGGUUGGUCUUCUGAACCACGUUUGUGACAUCCACUCAUGGACUACAGGUAGCUGUCAACAUGGUCACCUUGAAGCCCUUGAGGGAAAGCAGUGGCUUGAGAGAGACUCCGAUGCCCACAAGACCCUGUAUCGAAUCCUCUGGAAUAAACGCUGGCAGAAAGAUGUGCAUAAGUACCUGCGCUUCAGAUCCACAGCACACCUUGAGUCAUUCCAGAAUCACAUCCUGAUGUAUGUCAGCAAGCGCCAUGCCUUCAGCUACCAUGUCUACGAAGCAAGGGUUCUAUUGGCAGCACUGGACUACAAUUUCCAUCGCAACAGACCAGCCAGAAGGAAUGCAGACGGCAAUCAAAUGUUCAGACGGAAAUUCAACAAGAACGCCAGAAGAUACAGUCUGUAUGCAUUGAAAACGCCGAAGGACUAUGGCUACAUUCCUGAGUUGCAGACACAAAUCAUCAGAACAAGACUGGCAAGUGAUGGUGGAAUGCCGCAUACCAGGACCAUGAGGGAUGACGACCCCAGAAGAAUAGGUCUUGUGCCGGCCAUUCCUGCCCCAUCGAUAGCUGAACUUCUACGCACUCAAAUCUCAAGAGGUUUAGAGCCUGCUGACAAUACAGAUGCUGACCCCUGAUGAUGACCAUGCAAGCCACAAUCCCCGUUAACUCUUGGACCGGCACAGUCUAAAUGGCACACAGCGUGGUGUUGGAUUGUUGUAAAUAAAAUGUAACAAUGUAAAUAUGAAUAAAUUUGAUUUGUUUGCAUCUGUUUGCUCUUUUUAUUGUACAGUAUUUACACUUGGGCCUACACUGGUAAUUGUUAGGUA